AUGGUUGCAAGGAAAAACAAAAAUAAAAGCCCUGUUGUGUCAAGUGGUAGAGUUACAAGAAGCCAAGGUAAAGAUGCUCUGUUGGAUGAAUCUAAAAAGGGAGGCCAGAAGGAGGUUGUUAAGCCUGCUGAAGAAACCGCGAAAAAAGGUCAGAAAAGAAGAAUGUCUACAAGGACAUCUUCUAUUCAAAAGGAAGCUGAUUCACCAUCUGUAGCACUUAAUCUAAUAAAAAAAAGGGCAGGUGCUCCUGCUGAAUAUGUUGCGGCACCUCUUAAAAUAAUGCCAGGUGCUCCUGCUGAAAAAGUUGUACAAGGCAAAAAGGGUGGAAAAAAGAAAACUGUAAAAGAAGUGAAGAAAACUUCUAAGGUUGUUGGCAAAAGAAAAACAGAAAAAUGUUGGGAAGAGGAAAAAAAAAUACAAGAAGUACCAUCUGAUGAACCAUCUCAAGAUCCUACUGAUGAAAGUUCAACUGACAGUGGAGAUGAUAGUGAAGAGUCAAUAUAUAAAGUUGAAGCAAAGCCUGUCAGUGAGGAAGAUGAUGAGUUGGAGGAGGAGGAGAAGGAGGAGGAAAUAAAUCCAAAGAAGAAACAGGCAAAAAAGGGGAAGGCACAGAAGUUAGUGAAGGCAAAGGCUGAAAAGGGGGAGCAAAAGUUGGUAGUGUAUGAUCAAGGAAAGAGCAAAGGUAGCGGAAAAGUAAAAUGA